CACAUUGCCAUUGCAAUUGCAUGCAGGUGUGCUCGGCGGGUAGUGUGUGUGUCGGGGUGUAUUGCUUUGAAAAAUGAUAUGAUGUGUUUGUUGGUUUGUGUCCCGAUGACGCGACCGAUAUCCCUGUUAUAUGCAUCAAAUUGGAAGUUUUCUCCAAGCUGACACGAUGAAUAAGUCACUCAGCCCCAUUUCUGACCCUCGAAACGAGAGUGUUGAAGUCUCACGUCGUCUGUACAGAAAUUUAAUGGACACUACACGUCAACUUGACGAAAUAAGAAGCCAUGCAAAGACAACAGGAGAUUUAUUUUCUGUUGAGGCUCAGGUACUUAGAAACAAGCUCAAAGAGAUUGCGGAGCGACUAGUGUUUUCAAGUCUCCUGAGUCAAAGGCGUAAAGUUGAAGAAGUUUUAUGGAGGAAAGGCUUCUAUGAAGAUGUCUCAACUGCAAAGCGGCUGAGAAAGGAUUGUCAGUGGAUGCCUGAUGAAUGCUCACAGCUCCUACUGCAUAUAAAAUGUGGCAUAGGGUUUUACCACCAUCUCCUCCAAUGCCUUCAAAUUGAAUAUGGCAUUACAUCAGGAUGCAUUGACUUCCCCAUGGUGUUUCCAGACCAAGAUUAUGGGAAAAGCAAGCUGCCCCCAUCCUCCAAACAGCUCGAAGCUGCCCGUGAUUCUGUUCAUCGAUGCCUUGUGUGCUUGGGAGAUCUAAAUAGAUAUCUCAUGGAUAUUCCUCAGAGUGGUAGUUAUGAUAUGGCAUACCGUUACUAUCACCAGGCACUUUCUUGGAAUCCAGCAAUUGGAAUGCCACACAAUCAGUUGGGCACUUUGUCAUUGAGUACAAAUUGCAAUUUAGAUGCUGUGUACUAUUACAUGAGAUGUUUGAUGUGCUCUCAGCCAUUUGAAGGGGCUGAAGGUAAUUUGAAGAGAUCCCUGGAACGAAGUGCUUUAAAAGUACACCAAGAAAAGGCAGUGAGCUGUGGGUCAGCUCUAUGGCGAUGCGUUUGCUCCAACCCAGGGGAAGGUCAGCUGUCUGAAGCUCAGGACCACAUUCAGCAAUUCCUUGCUCACUUUCUUUUACUAGCUGAUCUGUGGUUUUUUGAUAAAAAACCUGUCGCCAAUGUCAGUGAUUUGUGCCAUCAAACAUUGCUUGAUUUUCGUCUGUGCCUGAGUUUUGUUGAGCCACCUGAAAGUGAAGCUACGUACUUCACGAGAUCACGUGAAAACUUCCCCUCUCACCUCUCUAAGGAUAUGGUUUUAAAGGUAGUUGUGGUAUCUUUAAUCUGCCUUUUACAGCUUAGAAAAAAAGGCUCUGACCAUGUUUCAUCGUUAGUUGCUUUCCUAUUGGCAGUAUUUUGUAUCUUGGUACAACAAGUUCAAGAACAUUUCGUCGAUUCAGUCUUGAAUUUGUCUUUGCCAACUGUUGAAGAGCUGAAUGUCAAUGCACCCAAAGUCAAUGGAAAGUGCAGUGACACAGAUGAAAUUGCUGUAAAUGAUGUAACCGAAUGCAGAAAGGAGAAUGGUCACCAUGACAGUAUAAAUGGCAAUGCAGUAAAUGGUGAAACGGAGGAAGCAAUUGAUACAAAGCCAAAGAGGCGCAAGAGAGUUGUUAGGCGCCGUCAAAGGCAGUGUGACUCUUCUGAUGAUUCUGGUGAAAGCAAUGAUGAGGAAUUUAAUAUUGGCUCUGGAUCAUCUGACAUAAGUGAAGAUGAGGAAAUUGUAUUGGAUCUAAGCUCUGACGAAGAAGGAUUAGAAAAUCGCAAAGAAAAUGAUGACAACGAUGAUGAUGUUGUUGUUUUGGAAGAAAUCGAGUCUCUUGCCAAGUCUGUCUCUUUGACUAAUGGUCACACGGGUAAACACAUUCAGCUAGAAACUUCAACUCAAGAGCCUGCAAAUCCUGCUGAUGUCCUAGAGCAGGUAUGUGGAGAAAGUCUUCUCCCAGCCAUAAAAGUUUGCAUUGAUUGGUUGCAAGGAGACAAGCCUGUUGUUGAAGCUUGUGGCAAGGAUUCACUGGAUGUUUUAAAAAAGCUUGUGGAUCUUGUUAAUUUUGUUAACAUUGAUAUGAAAGACUUAGAAAAAGAUGCCACUGCUGCUUCUUUUCUGAAGCAUCGUUCAAUAUUCGAAUCUAAAUGCAAAAUACCUCUACCAGAAGAUGUGCAGUUACAAAAAUUAUCAAUUUUGGCAUCAGCUCAUGAAAAUUUAGAUUGGGAGUUGAUUCGCCAAAAUCGUUUGAACCCGAAGGAAGAGGCUCUUUUAAGGACUCGAAGACUUGUCUCGUUUUGUGAUUUUCUUCAAUCAGUGCCUGAAACUGGUGUGAAAUACGAUGAGGUAUCCCACAAAUUUAGUGUCUGCAAGGAAACUAAAGAUUCUGGACAGCCUGUUAGCCCGGGUGUAGAUCUGCAACGAAGAGAAGAGGUGAUGCAUAACAUGGGGCAACUUUGGCUGAGAGCAGAAGUCCAGAAUCUAGAGACUUCUGUCAAGCGGGGUAGUAAAGGAGCAUCAUUUUCCCCCUAUUUGGUUUUGGAUGUAGAUGCCUUAACGAAGUACUGUCAAUUGGUUGGUCAACUAAUGGCCAGUAGAAAGUUUAUCAUGGUUGUGCCAUCAAUUGUGUUGUCAGCAUUAGACCAGUUGAAACGGGAAAGUGUUUUAGCACGUGAUGCUAUUCGCUGGCUGGAGUUCCAAUUUCAAAAAGGUAGCCGUUUCUUACGAGCUCAAACUUCUCAUGAAGCAUUGCGUUUGCCACUUGUUUCAUAUCCAAAGCAAAAGGCUCGUGAAGCAUGGUCAUACUUCCAAGUGCUAGAAUGUUGUCAUUACUUAAACCAUCAAAGUAGUCUGUCUUACAACAAGGACUCAAGAGCUGGCUUUGUGACUCUACUUACUGGACAUGACUGGAUGGAAGCUAAUGGCUUCAGCGGCUUUAGCCCAAUUGGUGUUUCAAAAGCUAUUGGCAUUUCAAUAGAGCACAUAGAAUCAUUUUUUACCAAGUGGAAAACAUCAAGUAAGAGUCAUGGAUGAAAUCAUGCUUGGUACAUUUUGGAACUAAUGCAAUGAAGCAAACUGAUUGUGAGGGUUUCAAGUUUGCGGCGGGUGUCAACAAUGCAGACUUCAUUUGCAUAUUGAUGGAGAAUAUGCUGUUUUUUUGACAAAAUGGCUCAAUGUAUCAUGCUGUUUUAUUUGUAAUCAGGGAUAAAGGGUUGCAUACAUCUGGCAAAGAAAAAUAGGAAAUAUUUUCAUACUGGUGCCAGAAUAUGCCAGCAGGGAAAACAGGAAGACUUUAGUAUCUUGAGGGGGAUACUUGAGGCAUUUUAUCAAAAUCAUUUAGAUGCAUGUGUGGGUAUUGCUCAGCACCUAUGUUGGAAGAGUAAUGUAACAUCCAUUUGGUAGUUUUUUCGAUCAAUUGCUCCAAUUGGAUUAUAUUAAAUGUAUUUUUCCAACUGAGAAUACAUCAUUGGACUGUCUCCUGUGGCGGAGCACUGAGCUUGUCCUCAAAUGUGCUGGAAAAGCACAUCAUACCUUCCUGUUUCAUCAGAUCUUGCUCUUUGGAAUCCAUUUUUCUACAAAGAGUGAGUGUGUUUGAGCUACUCUGUUGUUUUGUAUGAAGAUUGUGUAAUGCAUGUUCAGUAGUGAAACAGGAAACUUGGACAAGUUUCUUGUGGUUGAAUAUUUGAAUGGCAAAUUUAUUUUUGCCUCCUCUACAUAUGUGUCAAUAACCAUAUGCCUGUUUUGAAAUACUUCCUUUCUUUGUCGUGUAACUUUUAAACAUAAGACGCGGAAAUCUUCUGCCAUAGGGAUGUUGAUUUUAUUGCUGGUAACUUGUAUGUCUUACAACUAUUCAUCAUAAAAGAAUUAUUUUUUUUUCCUUUUAUUAUUCAUAAGCAUGCGAUCUCCCAUGUUUUGAGAAGUCUCUUUUUGAUGUUGCUCAUUCAGACAGAUAAUCUUUUCUUGUGAAAGCAUUUUUUUCUUACAAUAAUUUUAAAAAUGAUAUGAAGCAAUAAAUGUUUUUUCUUUCUUUAAA